AUGAAUGAAAAAUCCAAAAAUGUACGAAAACAAUUAUUUUCUGAUUCCUGGCUUGAGGAUGAUCGUUUUAAAGGCUGGUUAAGGGCGAUUCCUGAUCAACCAUCUAAGGCUUCUUGUAUAGCCUGCAACCUAAUUUUUGGUACUAAAAAGUCUGAUAUAAUAAGACAUAGUGAAUCACAAAGACAUAUCAGGUCAGUAUCAAGUUUAAAGAAUGUAACUAAAUUAGAGUUUAGACCUGACUCUGAAAUAGUUAAAAUGCGUACCCAAGUACAAAAGACAGAACUUAUGCUAGCUCAUUUUGUAGCAUGUCAUAAUUUGAGCUUCAGAAGUAUUGAUCACUUAUCUCAAUUGCCUAGUCUUAUAAUGAAUGAUUCAAAAAUUUCCAAACAGAUUUCUUUAAAGCGUACCAAAUGUAUUAAAUUAAUUAAAAAUGUUCUUGCAAGUGUUGUUGUAGAUAAUAUAGUGAAAGAAAUAGAGAAUAAAAAGUUUUCUGUAUACCUUGAUGAGACAACAGACAUUGCCAAUAUUAAAGUUUUGGCAAUAUUGGUAAAAUAUAUUUCAAACAAUCAAAUUCAAACACAUUUGCUAGAUUUGGUACCUGUUGAUGCUAACCAUGGAACUGCUAAGGGCCUCUACAUGUUGUUUUCCAAGAGUUUAGACAAACUAAAACUAAGUACAGAUAACAUUAUAGGAUAUUGUGCUGAUAAUGCAUCCGUUAUGAUGGGUUCCAAAGAGUCCUUUAAAGUUCACUUAUUAAAUGAUAAUUCAAAUAUAAUUGUAAAUGGAUGCAUAUGCCAUUCUUUCCAUUUGAUAGCUUCUUCAGCAGCUUCUUGUAUCCCAAGUAAUAUUGAAAUUUUAUUACAAAACAUUUCUUCUUAUUUUUCUCGAAGUCCAAAAAGACAAUCUGUCUUGAAAGAAUUGCAAAGGUAUUUGAAUGAAUCUCAAUUGAAAAUACUAAGUCCAAGUCAAACCAGAUGGUUGGCACUAGAUAAAUGUGUUGAAAGAGUAUUAAGCCAGUGGAGAAUACUUAAUGAUUUAUUCCGAUUAGCCUAUGUAGAAGAAAAGAAUCCAGCUGCAAAUGUCAUAUACCAGGAACUACAAAAUCCAUACACUAAAGCUUACUUAUGUUUUUUGCAUUUUAUUCUUCCUGUUUUCAAUACUUUUAACGCUUUAUUUCAGUCUGAAAAACCUCUAGUAUUUAUUCUUUACGAGGAAAGUGUUAGAUUUCUGCGUAUAAUGUGUUCAAAAUUUUUAAAGGCAGAAUGUUACAAAAAUGAUGAAUUUGACAAGUUUAAAAAUCCUUCAAUGAUACUUCCCAACAAUGAUAUUGAAAUUGGCCAUGAAGCUAGAAAAAUAUUAACCAGUUGUUAUUGUUGUUUAUGGUCUGUUACCCAGGCAACAGGACUUGAAUUGUUGUGA